CGAGCCCGAUGAGGUCAUGCGCUGGGCCGUUGACGUCGAACGCGCCAACUUUCAAUGUUCGAAGACGCCGUGGCGGUUGGAGUAGCUCAAAUGGAGGGGGAAAGCAGAGUUCCUUUUCCUAUUUACAAAUUGGAAUUUAUUGUAAGUUAUUGUCGCAAGCACAUUUUAAAUGGGUCAGAAGCUAACAACUUUACAAAAGCUGACAUAACAAAGCCAGAAGUUGUGCAGCGCUUGUAUGUAAGAACCUUGCAGUAUAUCUUUGAUGCAAGACCAGACUGCUUCUGCAUGAUGACUGGUGAUGAAAACAUGCCAUAUCCUCAACUUAUUGAAAAUUGUGUCCCAAUAUUGAAUCUGUAUAUUUGCAUGCAUAGCUUAAUAUCGUUAUGUGCCAUACCAAAUUUUACGAUGAAUGACUUCUGGAAUCCGAAAAAAAAACGUACCAUUAUGAUCCUGAGUGGUAUCAUUAGUUUCCUUCAACUAAGGAGGAGAGCCUUGGACACCUAUCUGAACCAACAAAAAAGUUUUAAACUGAAUUUGGAGAUGAUGCAGCAGAUGUUUUCUUCAAUUGAAGAAAUGAAGUACAAAAUUCAAAGCUUAAACACAGUACCACCUGAGCAAAAGGCAAAAAUUGACGUACUUUCAGCUGAUAUUACAGAAUUACACCAAGUGAUAAAUGGGGAAUAUCGUCACAAACAAAGUUCUGUUCAAGAUGUAACUACACAACUGAAAGCGAAAAUUGCUGAAAGAAACAAAGUGCUGAGCCAGCUGAAAGUGGACUUGAUUAAUGAAAAGGAGAUGCAAGCAAAGCUCAAACCCAUGAUUGUGGAAUGUCCAGAACAAGAAAAGAGUGAAAUACAAGCAAUGAAUGAGACAGUAGAAAAGAAAAAGGAUGCCUUGCAAAAGAAAAAUGAGCGAAUAUUAGAACUUCAGGAUAAGUCGGCAAAUUUUACCAAUUUCCAAAAGAAAGAACUAGAAUCUUACUUGGGUAUCUUGGUACAAAACCAGACUGGCUGUAACCAAAUGAGCAGUAAGAACACUGAGAUUUGGAAUGAAGGAAAUGAGCUUGACAGAAAAAAGGUGGAACUUGAAAGCAUGCAAACAGAAGAGACUCCACUGAAAAGGCUUCUCUGUUCAAAAUUAGAAAAGCAAGACAAGCUAAAGAUGCAGAUGCUGAAGAAACAGGAAGCUAGGGAUCAUGAUCUUGACUCAGUAGCCACUGAGUGUGAUCAACAAAAGGUUCGAAACCAGGAAAUAUCUGAGCAGGUUGCUCAAGUAAACAGUGAGCGUCAACAUGUUUUGGCAAAAGUUCAGUUGCUGCAAGAGAACUGUGAGAAGGAUGUGUCUGAAUACAAGAAUCUCCUUUCCAAAUUGCUGACUCAUAUGGAACAAUAUCAUGAGCAUCUGGCCACAGUGACAGAGAAGGCUACACACGAGAGGCGUGAACAAAUGACAGAACUGAAGAGGGCCAUAAAUGAACGAAUUUAAAAUCCUUUUUACAGUUACUUCAAAAUUUUGUACAACUUAUUUUUAACUUUUUAAAAAAUCUUCUGUCUCUUCUGCUUAUUCUUAACAAGCAGCAAAUUAUUCUUGAUCAGAUAUUUCAAAGCUAACAUAUUUGUCACUGCUUGACCUAAUUUGUAUAUAACGUGAUCAAAAAUGACAGCCUCUGCCGGUAUAAUGUCUAUACAUAUUAUGGUAUGUGUUUUGAAAUAAAUAUGAAAAUAAACUGCAGAUUAAUGAGGGUUGCUAUAGUUAAUACGCAAAUAAAAUGUGAAUGUGUUUCAUAGAUUAACUGCUGUUGAAAUAAUGGUAAAGGAUUGUCGAGGGAGAUUGCCUGUUGCCUAAACCGCCAGAGGUCUUUUCAAACUCCCACAGUAAUGCUGAAUGGCGGGAAGGUUGCACCUUGAAUUCAGGUAUAAUUGGUUCAAUGACAGAUUACAAUCUUUGCAGGAAAAUGGGAGGGUGGUGACAUGUUGAUCUAAUCUCUACAUGGAGCCUUUAAGCUACCUUUAUCACACAACUCCAACUCCAGUGUAAUUUUUCUCCCAUUGUAAUUAGCCCUCUAAUCCUUUCUUCUUUGUGAAUGUAUCAGGUGUGCCAUUUCAAUCAUCUUGUGUGGUACUGAGUUACACCUUCUCUAAAAUUAUUUUUAUUAACUUGUUGCUCUCUGAUUUUCAUGCCUCUUUUGUUAAGUGUUGUGCCUAUCAAUCUCUUCACUAUCCCAUACAUAUCCUCUCUGCUCUUUAGAUGCAUAGUCAUAAAGCACACAACAGCCCUUUGGCUCAGCUUGUCUAUGCUAACCAAGAUGUCUAUCUGAGCUAGUACCAUUUGCCUGCAUUUGGCCCAUAUCCAUCCAAGCCAUUUUAAUCCAGUACAAUAGCCACCUUCCAGUCUUCUGAUACCUCACCUGGGGCUAAGUAUGAUGCAAAUAUCUUUGCCAGGUCCUUUGUAAAUUUCUUGCUUAGCUUCCCAAAAUGUUCUUCGUCCCUCUGUUGCCAUGUGGAUAUCCAGAAUAGUCUGUUCUGAGUGACCUUCUGACUAUUGUUGAGCUGUAACAAGCCUUGCAUGCAUAAUGUGCCUUUUAAUGUAAAAUUACCUAAAAUGCUUCACCAUUGUGCCUCAAUCCACAUAACUGGUGACUGAAAGUUUAGUGAAACCUUUUAUUUUGGAAGAGUCUUGGAGUAGGUUGCAGUUGAAAUAUUUUGAAAAUUCCAAAAAUAUAUCGAUUGGUAAUGGUAGAGCUCUAAAAAUCAGGAGCACAGUAUUAAACAGAAUUCAAGUGCAAGGAUUUCGUGAGGUUGUAGUUUAGAGGCCAGCAAAGAGGCAAGGAAGGGAUUUCUUUUCAUGCGAGAAUGGAGCAAUCAUCUUCUCAAAGACAGUGAAAUAAUGACAAUGCUGUUUUAGCAAUGAUUAUUGAAGGAUAGUUACUUGCCAAACCACUGUGGAAAUCUCUCUUGCUACUUAAAAUAGCACCAUGGGACCUUUGACAGCCAUUUGAAAGCUAGAGCCAUGAGUUAAUGCUCGUCUUGUCCUUUGUGGAAAUUGUUGACUUGCUGUACAGCUGUUUUGGCAGUUUUACCAUUUGCCCUUUUAACAUGCUGGUACUCCAUUUAGAUUUUUCUUAAAAAGCAUUCAGGGAUUAAUCUGCAAAUUACGUGAUUUAAGCGCAAUUGUUAACGUGAUUGGAAGUGUAAAUGAGUAUUAAAAAUGUAAUUCUUCAGUGAUAUACUGGGGACAAUACUAAAUUAAUUAUUCGCUGUGGGGACAGAAGUCUGAUGGGUAAGAAAGGCAAACAAAAUUCAAACUGUCCAGUGAUGGUUGCUGGCAACUUGAUUUCCAUUGAGAAGGUUUAACUUUAUUCCAAUUAUCAGUUUGGAGGUGGGAUGAUGAUACUUUUAGACCAUAUCUAACAUUUAUUAUAGACAUAUCCUCACCCCUCCAUCUUUGUAAUCUUGUUCAGGCCUACAAUUCUCUGCCGUAUCUGUAUUUCUCCCUUUUUUUAAAGCCAUCCAAGUCUGAUCACUCAGCUUUAUUUGUUCAGAAUUCUUUCUACCGUUUUUGUAUAUUUUAUUAAAACCUACAUUUUUAAGUCCAGAUUUUAUUAGGAAUUGGUUCUAUGGAGCA